AUGACCAUGAGCUCGAUGGCCGAGACCCUGCUGGGCUCCGACCCGUCCAAAGCCGCGUUCCUGGAGCUCGCCCCCCAGCACUACCCCCUGCACGGCCCCCCCCAGCACGACCCCCCGCCCUUCUCCUCCUACGGCCGGCCCGGGCCCUUCCCGUACCCCGGCGCUGCUGCCCCGCCGCCCCACGGGGGUCCCUACCUGCCCUACCCGCCCCCCGGCGCCCCGCACGGCCCGGCCCCCGCGGCCAGGCUGCCGGACACAGAGGCCGAGAAGCCUCCGGCUGCUUCCAACGGGGACCUGCGGCUCGGCGGGAAGGGCAAGAAGCUGCGCAAGCCCCGCACCAUCUACUCGAGCGUGCAGCUGCAGGCGCUGAACCAGCGCUUCCAGCAGACGCAGUACCUGGCGCUGCCCGAGCGCGCCGAGCUGGCGGCGCAGCUGGGGCUCACCCAGACCCAGGUGAAGAUCUGGUUCCAGAACAAGCGCUCCAAGUACAAGAAGAUCAUGAAGCAGGGCCCGGGUGCCCCCGAGGGGGAGCAGACCCCGCACAGCGUCCCCGCCCUGUCCCCCCUCUCCCCCGGGCUCCCCCCGCUCUGGGACCUCCCCGGGCCCGGCAAGGGCCCCCCGCUGCCCCCCGGGGGCUACAUCAACACCUUCGGGGGCUGGUACCAGCCCCACCCGCAGGACGCCAUCCCCAGGGCCCCCAUGAUGUGACACUGCCGCCGCUCCAGCGCCGCAGCAUCCGGAGGGACAAUGAGGGACAAUGAGGGACACGGAGGGACACCGAGGGACACCGAGGGACACCGGGGGGACGCUCUGCCGCUGCCCCCCUCGGGGGACUGGGAGCCCAGCGAAGCCCUGGGGGAACCCAGCGAAUGGAGGAGGAGGAGGAAGGAGAGGAGGAAGAAGGUGACAAGGAUGGGCAGGGAUGUCCUGCUCGGUCACGCUCUGCAGUGACCCCGCGCCCUGUGCGCCGUCCCAGCGGGACAGGACUCGGCCCAGG